UUGCUGGCGUCCAUUCCUCCCACGUCCAACGUGGUCGAGCGAUUUUUUAGCAUCGCUCGGGCCACGUUUGGGCUGCAGCGCCACGCACUGCAGCCGUACACGCUGGAGAUGCUGCUGUUCCUGCGGCAGAAUGCCGAUUAUUGGGACGCGCGCACUGUUGAGAGCGCGGAGUAA